GUGACAAUGUCGGGGAGUGACAGCCCAACGUUUUUUCACGGCCAACCCUGGUCCAGUUGGAUUGAAAGAAUUGGACGUGACAAACCACUCAGCGAUGAAGAGCCAGAGGUUGAACCAUCUAGCUGCGUUACACGGCUGUCGGCAGAUGACAUUGAUUUGUACGGCUUCUGUCCAGAGAGGGAUACAUUUUACGGUGUGGUAUGUGAGCUGUGCAAUGCCAUUGUCAAGCCUCAAGCACUUAUACAGCACAUGGAGAGUAGACAUUCUUCGGAUACAGUGAAUUUGCCACCGCCUUCAACGCCAGCAUCAAAGACAACCGUGAAAACUCCCUACUGCAAAAUAUCGAAAUUAACGAAGAAACCUCAGCCAUCUCAGAGCUCAUCUGCAAGCAAUAACAGCGGCAACGGUGCCAGCGGCACGAGUGCAACAACAGCUAGUAACAGUUCGAAAAUCAAUCACACGUCAGUGAAGAGAAAUGCCGAGCAAGCCUUACUGCCGACAUCACCACUCGAUGGCUCUUGCAGUCUUGUAGGAUCAAAUAUUUCAUCUGGGAUGACUGCUAGUGCCUCGACUCCUGUGCCAUCGAGUCCAGUCAAGAGUCCAGGGAACAACAGCAGUGCCAGUAACACAACGAGUAAUAAUGGAGCGAAAAGAAAAAGACUCAAGGCUGAUCGAGGACUCCUCAAGGACCGGGAGUACGAUCCAGAUCGACAUUGUGGAGUCUGGAACGAAGAGACUGGCAAGCCCUGCACUAGGUCACUCACCUGCAAAGCACACACCGUCUCGUUACGACGAACUGUCGCCGGUCGGAGCAAAAGUUUCGACAAACUUCUCGCUGAGCACAGGGCGUCCAAGGAUCUUCCAAACAGGACCUCCAAGAUCACCGUCACUGGAACUGUUACCCUCUCCACAGCAUCAGCUCUAUUGAAUACCAAUUUGACAAUUGCUAAUGAUAAUGAUGCUCCUGGUUCACCACCUGUACUAUCUCUGCCGGAUACUUAUCCACUGCCGAAGGCUGUUGAUUUGCUUUAUCGGUGUCUGGCCCCGCAUGGCUCCACUAAACCUACAAAACUGGAAGAGGAUUUUGUGAAAGAGGAGAUGAGACUGGAAUCGACUGCAGCAGCGGCAGCAGCAGCGAAAGCCUCAUUAUCUGCAGGUUCGAUGGCUCCGAUCUCGAUUGUUUUACCCUCGCUGUCUCCAAUAGGAACGAGCAAUGAUGCAUCACCAGUUGCCACACUGAUUCCUGUCAAUACCUCGUCCUCACUUCCAGCUAUUCAAACACCACUGCCACCGCCGAAUGCCCAAUUGCCCAAUACUGUUCUCGAGGGCGAAACUCUGUCGGAUGUUAAUACCGAGAGUAUGACGCUGUACUCACCAAUGGCAAUGUUCAAAGAUACGAAAUCACAAAUCAUCAUGCAAAUUCCGAGGCCAAGCAGUUUAAUGCACUCACCGAUGUCCAGGAAUUAUCAGGGUCAGGCUUCUAUGCCUAGUCUUGUAUUUGAGGAUCAUAUGGAUCAUCCUAAACAACAAUUGGCCAAUGGAAAGAGAUUCAAUAAUCACACGGGCACCUCCAGUCCAGUGGCUGGACGUACUUCAAGAAAGAGCAAACAAGAUUUUCAAUCUGAUAAUUACUCGUCUGCUAUUCAAGUGGAAACUACUUCACCCCGUUAUCCUCAUUUCAGUGACAUUGCUUGGUCUAAUUGUCACCCAGAGCCAUUGGCUGUCAGCCGCUGGCUGCGUAUCACAUCAACUCGUAAACAGUAUAACUUUAAUAUUCACUGACAUAAGAUCCCACCCACUCC